AUGAGCCAGCGCCAAAUCCAGAUUGGUGUCGACGAGUUCACGGCCAAGUAUAAUCUCUAUGACAUACGUGAUUUUUUGAGGAAAGGUGCAUUGCUAUCUCAGGGCCCUGAUAGGUUCUGGCUUGUUGAGGGCUUGAACCAAGAUGAGAUUAUGGCUCUGAGCGUCGAAGCGCUGGAGAAACGGCGCUGGCUCUACGGCCGUCAGGACAUUUUCCACACUAUGACUCUUUUAUCCUACUAUCUAGGUGGGACUGUCAUUGCACAAGCCGAAUUCACGAUGGGCUUGAAUACAGCUUAUGAAGAUUUCAUUUCACUGCCGGAAUGGCUAAGCAUUAGCAAAUAUACUUCAUUUUUCGUCAUAAUUGGGUAUUGGUUAUCGGGGCUAUUGAACAGGAAUUCCGGGCGCCGAGGCGCUAUCAUGACUUCUGCGAUUUUUAAUAUCGUAGGCUCCGUUGCAGGCGCCGGUGAAAGCUGGCAAUGGUCAUUGGUCAGUCAACUAAUAAGUGGUAUUGCCAUGGGCACAUUGGUCUGCUCCCUACCCAUCUACGGAGCCGAGAUUAGUACUGCUCGUUCUCGCGGUCGUGCGGUAUCAUGGAUGCAGUUGAUCACACAGAUGACCAUGAUACUCAUGACCGGGCUAAUUUUUUUGGUUGGGUUAGCAGUUGGAUCAACAACAACAACAACAUCGGAUCCAACAUCAAACAUGAUCCUCAUGAAAAGAGUGUGUUCUGCUACCAGUUUCAUAGCUUCCUGUUUGCUAUUUGCUUGCAUGGGGGCAUCAGCUGAAUCUCCUCACUGGCUGGUACUCAGAGGCGAGAUGCACCGAGCAUACAUGUCUCUCUGUCGGCUCCGAAAAACGGAGCUACAAGCUGGACGCGAUUUAUACAUGAUAUACAUCCAAACUAUACCCGAACAGCGAAAUCAUGGGAAAACAGGCUUUACUACCAGGUUUCAUCAAGUUGUCACGCUACCGAAAAUAAGACGUGCGUUCCUGUCAUGCAUUGUCAUUAGCGUCUAUAUAUCGAUCGCCACUAUGCAAAUGACACCCUACCAGGAUGUGCAGCGCAUUAUUCAAUCAAGUUUAUUCCCGCCUAUUCUGAUGCUUCUAGGCAUCAUUUUUUUCAUAAUCCUCCAAUUCAGUCUUAAGCUGUUUGCUGCACACGCAAUCGAGGCGUAUGGACGACGUGGGCUGCUUAUGAGGGCAAUGCCGCAUAUCAUUUGGCCAUUAAUGCUAUUGGAAGUCGGCAGAGCAUUGCUAAGUCCCCAGGGUUAUUAUAUCGUUAAAACAUUAUUUCAGGGAUCAACAGUCAUUCUUUUUAUGUCCUUUGCUACUUAUGUACCGCUCACAUAUGCUUCCGAGGCUUUUCCUUUGAGCCACCGCGAAAUUGGCAUGGCUAUGACCGUGUCGACUGUGCAAGCAAGUAGCUUUCUUGCUGAAUUAAUGAGUUCUUCAUCAUGGAAAUCUGUGUUCCUCCGUCCUUCUGUAAUGGGAUCGCUCUUAGUUUUGAUCUUCUUUCUGACAUACUUGCUUAUGAGAGAAACCAGCCAAUAUCCGCUGGAAGAGAUGCAUACCGUCUUUGAAGCUUCAACGAGGAACUUGGCAUCGUACCGUCUUUUUGUGGAGCUUCCAUACAAGUUCAAGCGCUAUAUCCUUAGAAAGGACGUGACUCUUGAGCCUUUUGAGGAAUCCAAAUACAAUGUUGGGAUGAUCACACUGGGCGAUACUGGCACCUCGUCUCCGCCGUGA